CAUUGCACGGCACCUUCAUCCUUUAUCCUUUAUCAGUUGGCACCUGGCAAGCACUGUCAACACUGGCAAUCAAUCAAGUGCGGGCACGCAUACCGGCAUUUCUUUUUCCUCUCUUUCUCCUCUCUCUCUCUCUCUCUCGUGUUUUUAUUUCCUUCUUUUCUUCUUAGAUUCCCCUCCCCCCAAACAUUCUCUUUAUCUCACCAAUCUUCCUAGUGUCAUCAUCCGCCUUCGCAAGGAGAACUCAGACAUCAUGACUGCCAACCAGCCGCAAAGCGAUGCCAUCAUUAUCGGCAUCGACUUCGGGACUACAUUCUUGGGUGUUGCUUGGGCAUACUUCCGACAGCCUGACGACAUCGAGAUCGUCACAAGCUGGGGUUCUCAGCUCAAUCACUGUUCAGAUGUCGAAAAGGCGCCCACACAGCUCUGCUACGAUGAGAACGGUCAGGAUGUCAAAUGGGGCUAUGGCAUUCCUGCCGAGGAUGAGCCACUGAAGUGGUUCAAGCUAUUGCUUCUCGAAGCCAAGGACAUCCCUGUUGAAGUUGCGGCUUCGACUCAACUGCAGGAAGCUCGUCGCCUCAAGAACAAAGUGAUGAAAGAUCCUAUUGAGAUUAUUGCGUCCUUCCUUCGCAACCUUUGGGACCACUCCACCGAGUCCAUCAAGCGUGCCAUCGGCGCCGAUUUGGUGAGACGAUGUAAACUGCAAGUCGUAAUCACGCUGCCAGCCAUCUGGCCAGCCUACGCCCAGCAGCGGAUGAAGCAAGCCGCUCAACAAUCAGGUAUUAUGGAUAGACGCUCUGCCGGCGCUACUACCCUUUAUUUCAUCUCAGAGCCUGAAGCUGCCGCCCUUGCGACCAUCAAGGAUCUCUCUAAGCGCUCGACAAUCAAUACUGGUGACACUAUCGUUGUUUGUGAUGCGGGUGGUGGCACAGUCGACCUCAUAAGCUACAUCUUCGAAUCAACUGAUCCGUUUGUCGUCAAAGAGUGUGUCAAAGGCGACGGCGGUCUUUGCGGCGGUGUCUUUCUUGACGAGGGUUUCAUCAAACUCAUCAAGAACAAAGCUCCUAAGGGUACAUGGAACUUCGUCGGUCAUGCUGAUGAGAAGAAGUUCCUGAACGAUCAAUGGGAACAUGGCAUCAAACCUCAGUUCGAGAAUCAGCCUCGAACAUGGCCCGUCGAUCUGCCGGAAAGUUGCAGUAGCGACUUGUCCACGGGCUUGAAGUGCCGCGCAACAGUUGAGCUCACCUCUGACGAGAUCUUGUCCGUGUUCUCCCCAAUCGCGGGUAAAAUCGAAACCCUUGUUGGCCAGCAAGUGGAUGCGAUUCAGGCCAAAGGUCACAGAGCCCCUAAGUACAUCAUUCUCGUCGGAGGUUUUGGCCGUAGUCGUUACCUCUUCAACUGUCUUCACGAACGGUUCGAAGCAACGAUCCUACAGUCUCGUGGGACUAAGCCGUGGACUGCGAUCUGCCGCGGCGCUGUUGUGCAAGGAUUGCUCCGACACGAUCCCUCUUUGAGCGUGGGUGUCAAUGUUGAGGCACGAGUCGCUCGAAUGAGCUACGGUGUUAAAUACCACACUACUUUCAUCGCGGGAAAGCACAAGAAGGUGGACAAGACUUGGAAUGAUGACGAACAAGAAUACAAGACCGGUAACCAGAUGGAGUGGUUUCUAAAGGAGGGUGAAGAUAUUUCGGAGAAGCGUCCAGUUCAUCACGAGUACUACCGCCUUUGCUCAGACAGCACAGUCCAGACCUCUGAGACAAUCUACUGCACGACGACUUUCCCUCCGCCUGCAAGGGCACCUAAAGGCUCAGCCAACGUUCGAGAACUUUGCACUGUCACUUGGAACAAAAUCAUCAACACCAACAAGCUUCCCAAGUGGACCAAUCGAAAGCGACAAACCUUCUCGCAGCUUGACUAUCGCAUCCAGAUGGAUUGUGAGGAUGGAACUGUGAACUUCAAAAUCAUUCACAAAGGAGCGAGAGUCGGUGAACAAAACUUCGAAGUCUAACUUGACCAGACCACUGUUGUCGUGUUGAUUGUGUCGACCACCUUUACAUCAUGUUGUGUACAUGAAGUUUUGUUGGGAACCUGACUGUUCAGAUAUCAUGUGCGUGUAGAAUGAGUACACCAGCUUGCUCAAUGGGCAAAAGCAACAUCGAUGGGAAUUAGCAUGGCUCUGUGCUUUGAGGAAUUAACUUGAGAGAGAAUUUGCCCAAACAUGGCAGAGAUGUUAAGUACUUGUCUGAAAUAUGGAAAUGAUAUUACAACUUUUGCGUGUCCAUUACAUG